AUGUUCUUCUCACCUCUCACCUGGUUUACUUACACUAUGAUACCUCCAAUAUGGGCAUUUUUCGGCUGGCUGGCCUUACCCUUCACCUUUUUUUCCUCCAUCUUGGCCAUUGUAUUUGGUAUUAUACAGCUGUGGAAAGAAACACCACUUCUUCAUCCAACGAGUUUCGUAUCUACCCACGAGGCACUUAAAACUAUUUUCCCGCAAGCCACCAACGAAGAAAUUACAAAAUACGAGAAGCAACUUAGUAGGGUGAAAAAUCUCGACCCAGUCCUUAUUAUUUCUCCAAAUCAAGCUUGGAUUAAUCAGCAGGCUCUAAUCCCUAAUGCUCAACCGCAUCCUAUUGGAACGGCAUGGAUACUAACAAAAGUGGGAAUGCGCAAUAGUGAUUUCGGGGAAGAUAUUG